AUGCUGAUCCCACUCAUGAAUUACAGGAAACUCAACGACCAUGAGAUUACACUGCCGCUGGGUAACGGAUGCUUCAUCUACCCCACCUCCACCGCAGCUGUCCUUGCCGCCAACCCCUCGGUCCCAGACGACCUGUCCCACCUGUCCGCAAGAAGAUCGCCAACCAAGAGUCGCAUGGAAACUUUCUAUCUACCGAACAAGGACGAGGACGAACAUAUUGUCGACAGCCGCCGCGGCUGUCAUCACCAAACCGCUUUAAAACCGUUGACGGCACCAACAUCGAAGGCGAUCCAUCUGGUCCAGAUGGUCGAGGAUAAGGAUAGAGAUCUUCUGGACCUCUCGCCAGGUUGGAGGUUUCGACUGAUCAAGAAGACUCCUACGACGCACGCUACAGAUAGCAUCUGGGCGAAGUACCCCUCCCUCCCCCUCUCACUCCGUCAGCUCCAGCAACAACAACAAGGGAACACAUUUCCUUCAACCAUGACUAUGAAUGGCAUCUGGACUCCCUGGUGGUUCCCUGCCCUUGCCCCUGCCCCUGCCCCUAUCACCGCUGCUAGUACAUCACCGGUCUCCUCCAUUUCAUCGGUAAACUUGGUCCCCUGCGACAUGCCAUCGUCGCCGUCAUCAUUAUCCUACCUUGAUUCUGACAGCAAUCGAAAUCUAUCCACAAGCAACAACUACAACAAGAAGCCUCAGGAAAACUACCCCAACACCUAUGGAUCUAGUACCAUCAGCACUGCCGCCGACGCAGUCGCUCUUACAGCAAUGGACCGGCCAGACCUUCUUUACAAGGACACCAUCUUCCAUUAUACUACAUUUGCAUCCACCAACUCCAGCUCCAGCGGCAACAUCAACUUCAGCAGGCGCAGUAGUAGCAGGAACAGCUUUCAGGCCCUCCCGGACACUCAAGACGACAUAUCUCAGGACGUUCAACAACAUGAAUCCGAGGGUCAAGACCAAGACCAAGACCGAACCAUCUUCGACAACGGAGUGCUGAUCGCCAUACCACGCAUAUUCACAACAAUGACUCCAACAACUGCAUCAAUGGAACUCACAGACCCCCUAGGCGCCUCCUCUCCCAUCCUUCCCGAUCCCCCAUCUUCCACAACAGAGUCCACAAUCCCUUCAACAAUCUAUCCUCCCAGAGACAAUAACAUACUCUCCAAAGACGGUAACCACAAACAUUACCAAGGAUACCCCGCCUCCACCAGCACAGAGGCAGGAGAUAAGGUAUCCAUACCCUCCUACUCCUUCGCCUCCUCUCCUCCCAUAAAGAGUCUCGGAAUCGGUCUCUCCUGCCUCAAUUCGUUCUCGCCCACAGACACUACACCUGCCGGAAUGGUCGCGGUCUCAGAAGCGAUGGACAGGAUCCGUCACCACGUCGCCCUCGCGUCUGUAGAGUUGGAUUCCCAAAAGGCGUACAUGGCCCGGUCGAAUCGGCUUGUUCAGAUGCUCCGCCUGGACGAGGAGGAAGAGAAGAGAACCGGUGGUGGUGAAAGGAACGAUGUAGUUGAUGACGAUCCAGAUAUAGGCGCCGAGCUGCGGUCGGGACGGAAGGUCCUCCAAAAGUUCACGGCGGACUAA